CCGCCUGAUAUCGAAUUUCCUCAUCCAAUAUUUGAUAUUAAUUUUCAUCCAGUACAGCCAAUGAUUGCUGCUGGCCUGAUAGAUGGUUCUGUUCGAAUAUAUUCUUAUUCUGUGGAUGGUAACAAACUCUUGCAUCAAUUUGAUCAUCAUAAAAAGUCAUGCAGAGCUGUUACAUUCUCCUUGGAUGGUCAAUCUCUGAAUACUGCAUCCAAAGAUAAAUCGAUAUGCCUGGUCAAUAUAGAAACCGGAAAAGUUCAUCUCAGCUUCUUAAAAGCGCAUUCAUCACCGAUAUAUACCAUGCGAACUAUAGAAGAGCAUUUAAUAGCCAGUGGUGAUGAUGACGGUUUCGUGAAGAUAUGGGACUUAAGAAAAAAAGGCAAAUGCAUCAUGGAAGUCAAAGAAAACAAUGAUUUCAUUGCCGAUUUCGAUUAUGUUGGUAAUAGUAAAACACUCCUUGCUGCCAGUGGAGAUGGCGUACUAUCAGUCUUUCAUGUAGGUCAGAGGAAGUUAAUUGAAAAAUCGGAUAAUCAAGAAUCUGAAUUACUUUGUGUAUCUGUUAUUAAGGGUGGUCACAAGGUCGUGUGUGGAACAGGAGAUGGCAUUAUCAAUAUUUAUUCAUGGGAUCAAUGGGGUGACAUGAGCGAUCGAUUCCCGGGACAUCCGAUGUCCGUUGAUACUUGCACAAAAAUAUCUGAAAAUGUAAUUUGCACUGGUUCUAUGGAUGGUAUGAUAAGAGCUGUGAGUAUACAUCCGAAUCGAUUACUUGGUGUCCUUGGAGAUCAUGGAGACUUUCCAAUAGAGAAAUUACGAGUAUCCAAUUUCAACCUACUUGCUAGUUGCGCACAUGACGCUAAAAUUAAGUUUUGGGAU